GGGCGUGAUCCUUGGAUGCAGCAGCUCAGCGCCAUGGAGCUGCUUCGGCCGAGCUGGGCUCCGCGUGUCUCAGCGCUGCUGGUGCUCGCGCUGCUUCCCCGGGGAGCGCUGGGUAAUUGUGGUGCCCCACCAAGGCUAACCUCUGCUGAGCUGCAGGAUGAGUUUAAGACCCAGACAGACUUUGCAGUUGGGACCACAGUGAGAUACAGCUGCCGCUCAGGAUACCAAAGAGUCCCUGGAGUGCCGCCCACUCUUACUUGUGAAAGAGACUCUGUGUGGUCAGAACCCAAAGAGUUUUGUCAAAGGAAAUCAUGUGGACAUCCAGGAGACCUAGUUAAUGGCAAGGUUCAGAUCACAGAUCUCCUCUUUGGUUCGAGCAUCACAUUUUCUUGUGACGAAGGGUUCAGAUUAAUUGGAUCGAAGACUAGUCAGUGUGUGAUUGAUGGAACAAGGGUUACAUGGAAUCAUGAAAUUCCAUUUUGUGAAGAAAUUCCAUGUCGUCCACCUCUAGAAAUCGAGAAUGGGAGGUACACCGGUGACCCUAAUAAUCACUACACCUAUGGAUCAACAGUAACUUACAGCUGUAAUACAGGAGGCACAGAGAGACUCUCACUUAUUGGAGCGGCAUCUAUUCAUUGUACAGCUGACGAAGACCAAAAUGGAAUUUGGAGUGGACAGCCCCCUGAGUGUAAAGUGGUCAAGUGCAGUAAUGUAGAAGUUGAAAAUGGGAGAAAACAAAGUGGAUUUGGUCCUUCCUAUACAUAUCAAGACGCCAUUACAUUUGGAUGUGAAGCUGGCUACUUCUUGGUUGGCAGUAAAGUGAUUAUAUGCCAAGCGAAUAAUUCAUGGUCUCCUGCAAAACCACGGUGUGAAAGAGGAAUUUGCAGUGCCCUAGAGUUCCCACAUGGAACAGUGCUUCCAUCAAAAUCUCAAUAUCUCAAUGGAGAAUCUGUUACCUUGACCUGCGAUGCAAAUUAUUUCUUGCUGAAUGGUGCAAAAUCGAUGACUCUUCGCUGCGAAAAGAAUACAUGGGAUCUUCCUAUACAAACUUGUCAAAUGGUCAAGUGCAGUAAUGUAGAAGUUGAAAAUGGGAGAAAACUAAGUGGAUUUGGUCCUUCCUAUACAUAUCAAGACGCCAUUACAUUUGGAUGUAAUGCUGGCUACUUCUUGGUUGGCAGGAAUGAGAUUAAAUGCCAAGCGAAUAAUUCAUGGUCUCCUGCAAUACCAACUUGUGAACAAAUAACUCCAAGUGUAUGCGGCACCCCACAGUUCUCAAAUGGACAAAUACUUCCAUCAAAACCUCGAUAUGUCACUGGAGAUGAUGUUACCUUGACCUGUGAGGCGAAUUAUGUCUUGUUCGAUGGUGCAAAAUCAAUGACUGUUCGCUGCAAAGGAAACAAUGUGUGGGAUCCUCCUGUACAAACUUGUCAAAUAACUCCAAGUGUAUGCAGCGCCCCAGCAUUCCCAAAUGGAAAAAUACUUCCAUCAAAACCUCAAUAUGUCACUGGAGAUGGUAUUACCUUGACCUGCGAGACAAAUUAUGUCUUGCUCGAUGGUGAAAAAUCGAUGACUGUUCACUGCAAAGGAAACUAUGUGUGGGAUCCUCCUGUACAAACUUGCCUAUAUGUUUGUCCAGACCUGGUCAUCCCUCAUAGAAAUGUAAAGUCUGGAGCGAAACAUCACUAUGUUGUUGGCGAUAAUGUUACAAUUGAAUGUUCUACAUUAUACACUGUGCAUGGUGAACCGAAUAUUCGGUGCACUGAUGAAUUUCAGUGGAAGCCUGCAAUUCCAGAAUGUAGACUAAGUUUGUACAUCAAAAUUAUUAUUGGAGUAAUUGUAAUCGCUGUAGUGAUACUGAUGGCUACUUGCAUCUAUAAGAGAUAUUUUUCACAAAAAGGCUCAUACCAAACCGAUGAAAACUGCAAAGAAGCAUGCAUUUUAAAUACUAAAGUACCAGAUGAAAGUGAAGCAUCUGCAGUAAAGAAUUAAUUGAAACAUUAAAAGGAAAGAUGUCUCCACUUCACCUACUGCUCAAUACACCUCAUGUAAAACCUGAUUGGUGGGGAAGGGGCAGUGGUGAAAGAAUGAAGCGAAAGGACUGCAUUUGCACUAUAUUUCUGUAGUGGAAUAUUUAGCCCCUACUUUCACCGGAAUUGAAGAUGCUUUCAUCUAGAUUUUCUUCUCCUUUUGUGAUUGACUGCUAUUGGCAUCUACUGCAUCUUUACCAAGGCAGAAAGCCAGAACAUAUACCAAUGCCAUCCCUUUUAGCUCACUUGUCUGUGUGCGAAAUUAACUUAUAAAAAGCUUCCUGUGUCUCACAGCAGCCUUGCAGCAUCCUCCUGCGUCCAGAAGAGACUAUGCACUGAGAGUGUGCUUGGUAGGUUCUUCAUACGAUUCAUAUCGCAUGAGUGGCCAUAUUGUUUAAAUUAUCUAAGUACCUCUAUUUUAGGAAGGUGACUGUGCCUAUUGAGAGAGAUGGUGCUUAAGUUAUGAAAAUUAACUUAAGUUUUGCACAUUAGUUUUCAUAUUUCGUACUUGCAAAUAACGGGAAUAAACUUCUCUUGCUGUCCACUGCUUUUGGAUAUACUGUGCGUCUAAAUCAGGUUUUUGUGUAACCUUCCUGUUAAGGCAAUUACUUGGUCUUGGUGUGCAACACGGGGGAGCCUGGGUAGUAAUUCAGUCCCAGUUAAGACUGCAAAGGACCUCCUUGAAUGGGGAAUCAAAAGCAUGACCACAUCAGAAACAUCCUGUUGCCACUCAGAUUUGCUAGAUAAUGAAGGUUUCCCACUGGAAGUGAUGGAAGAUACUUGAUUGAACAAAGUGCUGGCAAAUCCACCUCAAGAUUGUAUUUAUAUUGCAAUUAAAAAGAGUGUAAGUUGAAUGAGGAAACACUUUUGCUGAAGGACCAGCCAACACUUGUCAGCUGAAACAGCCCCCAAAAAAAUUACAUUAGGGAUCUUGGAUGGGAGGUUUCCGACUGGAAUUGAGUUCUUGGGGCAUCUCUGAAAUCAUAUACUUAAAUCUGUUUUUCUUCCCAGAGAAUUGGCUGCUGAGUUCAAUCCAAGCUUUAUGACUUGAAAUGUAUAAUAUUAUGAAAAUUGUCAUGAUCGAUCUCAUAGCAACGUGUGCCUAAGCUAAUAAACCUUUUCUCUUACCACAGACCAUGUAGGCAGUUCUGUUAUAGGUUCACUUUCCCACAGAAGGAAGUGGGUGCGAUUUAAUUUUUUUAUUUCAGAUGUUCAUUGCUCUGUGUGAUAUGGAUGUAUAUAUUUGUAUUAGUACUUUAUUACUGUGUUUGAAUAAAUAAGAUCUCAUCGCACUAUCUAACAUUUCUGAUAAAAAAUGUUAGCUAGACUGUGGGAGGGCUAGAUUCACAAACUUUUUGGGGCUAAGAAAAUCACUGGAAUUCACAAAGUCUAGGCAGGCUGUGCAAUGAAUGGGAAGAUUCAGAAACCAGUAUGUUUAAGAUGCUCCUUGUAUAAGCCAAGAGGUAGGUGCUAAGCUCUACCCCUCUCUGAGAGUGGCACCUCCGUGCUGCGAAUCUUGUGGGGUGAAGUACCUACACUGUUUUUGCAGGAAGCGGGGGUGGGGGCAGGGUUGCUCAAGCUUGCAUGCACUCACUCAGCAUUUAUCCAUCAUGCAACAGCUUCUAUGUUGAUCCAGCAAGAAGGAGCAAGCAAGUAUGAGUGACUCAGUAACCUAAUGAUUAGCGCAUGCACCUAGGAGCUGGACAUCUGCUCCAGUGACUUUUUUAAAAAUUAUUCGCAGUGGAACAGUUUCAACUGGAUAUACUGAGAGAAUCCUACAUCAGCCUAGGGCACUCACUGAGCAAUGGCAGAUCCCUGUUCAAAUCCCUUCUCCCCUUCAGGUGGAGAGGGGACUUGAACCAUGGGUCUCCUUCUAACUUUUAGCCCAGUGAAUAGGGUAAUCUGUGCCCUCUGGUCAUUUUGUGUAAGCUCAUCUCUAGGGGCCUGAUCCAGCAGGCAAGGUUUGAGCAUGCUUACCAGAUAGGACCCCACAGAUGAGUGAGAGGACCAUCUACCUUUUCCUGGUUGAUGCACUGUUCUGGGGCUUCAGCUUUAGUUGCCCUACAUCCUUUUGUGAAUCUAACCCAAAAUGUCAACUACUAGUCUUUUUGCUUAUCAAAAUAGCUUUAACAGCUAGGACCCUGCUCCUGCAAAGACUUACUGUGAAUAGUCCCACUAUAUAUGUACAAGAAAACAUUGUUAUAGACUGGGGGUCUAGUGGGGUGGAAUUGCUUUCUAAGUACAGGGUAUAUUAGAAAUGCCUAUAUCAAUCAUUGGAUUGUUUUAUAGUGCCUUUCACUGUUAAGGGGGCAGGGGAGAGCUAUUUAAAAUGCUAGUGUGAUUUUAACCAUCUUCCUUAUUUAGUACUAUUCAGUUUAUGAACACAAGGAUUUGUCUUAAUGUAAAGUCUAGUAUCCACUUGUAUUAUUACUAAUAAAGAAAAGUGAU